AUGCCUCGGACGCCUUCACCCUCCCACUACAAUAUGACGCCACCAGGCGAAGAGAUUCCAAUGAGCGAAACCAAACCUCACGGAGAGACAGAACCAGAAGCAGAACCUCCAGCAGCCAACAUUGAGGCCCAGGACUUUGCUUCGCCAAAGAGUCAUGCGGUCACUUUCACCGACACCACCAGCGCCCCGAACGGACACUCUCUCGAGCCUCCCGAGCACCUGCUGAGCGAAGUGUUCUCGAAUACAUUUUCCAGUGAAGAGGAGGAGCGUCAGUUUUCCAUGAGACCUCGGUCUAUGUCUCACCAUCUUUCUGCGAAGGAUAUACCAUCUAGGAAAUGGUUGACGAUCAAAGCAAAGUGGUGGAGAGGCCUGGAGAUGCUGGGCAUGUACUUUCAUAGCUGGGCGUGGCCUCGUCCUGCAAAACCAGCCUUCAAAUGGGGCAUUGAGACAGAGACUGAGCCGAUCGAGCUCUAUUUCUAUCUUCCUCCAAUAUACGAUGAGAUCUUGCAACGAGAUCCCUCGCACCGGUUUCCCGCGGUCGUCAACUUUCACGGCGGUGGGUUCUGCUUGGGUGAUGCACAAGAUGACCGGUAUUGGGCCCGAGUUGUUCUGCAGCAUACAAACUGUAUUUUCGUCAGCGUCAAUUAUCGACGAGCUCCUGAACACCCUUUCCCUACCCCGGUCGACGACUGUGUUGAAGCACUUGUCUUCAUCGGCGAAAACGCAGAGGAACUGCACAUCGACCAAACCAACAUUGCGCUUUCUGGCUUUUCUGCAGGUGCAAACCUUGCCUUCUCGGCUCCUUUGCGUCUCGCAUACCAUCGAAGAAUGAACGGGUUGGAGAAGACUCGUUCAAGACCCAUGACCGCACACAGUGCGGACACCGCCGACACAUAUGGUACAUAUGUGACCGACCACGACGACCACCACCACGAAUUCAACCAUUUCCUCACACCUGUACCCUCGGGCUCUGUUCUGUCCACUUCGAACCUAGUGCGCCCAAAGACAGGAACCCCUCUCCAAAUCCGCUCUAUCGUGGCUUGGUAUCCGCUGUUAGAUUGGACCAUGUCCCGGUCACGCAAGAUUAGGGAGUCGCGCAAUCCCAAGAAAUGUCUUUCCAAGACCUUCACCGACUUGUUCGACUUUUCCUACCUACCCGCCCCGGAUAUGCACGGCGACCACUGCAGUCCUUACGCCUCCCCGGCUUUGGCGCCCGACGAAAUGAUCCGUGAUGGCCUUCCACGCGAUAUCCAGAUGUGGCUGUGCGAGUGGGAUAUGCUCUUGCGCGAAGGUCAAUUGUUCGCCGAACGGCUCGACGCACUGGGCAAGCGAAUCGACCACAAGACAAUUCCUCGUGUGCCUCAUGCGUGGGACAAGUCACCCAACCCGUUCCGCGACCAGAAGGCCAUUGAUGUUCUGUACACGAAAGCCGCCAUGAGCUUGAAUCGAGUCUUCCAAGACAGAGAUGGGCUCGGUCCUUUCAGUUCGAUGAGCUCACUUCAUCCCGACGAUCCAAUCAUCCAGAGACAGCCUAGGAGGAGUGUCGUCCUGCCGAUGUGA